CCUGUAGAUCGUAAAUAAGCCAGAAAAGGCAGUAGAGGCGCUGUCUCCAUUUUGGUAGCGUUUGCUGCUUCUGCGACGUUUUGGAGAUGGGGAGCGUCUUGGGGCUGUGCUCCAUGGCGAGCUGGGUAAGGUACCAUGUUUGUGUGGCAGUGCCCCAUGUUUGCUGUGCCGAUGCUGUCCCAGUGGAAACAACUCCACUGUAACCAGGCUGAUCUAUGCAUUUUUCUUGUUUGUUGGAGUGUGUGUAGCUUGUGUAAUGUUAAUACCAGGAAUGGAAGAACAACUGAAUAAGAUUCCUGGAUUUUGUGAGAAUGAGAAAGGUGUCGUCCCUUGUAAUAUUCUGGUUGGCUACAAAGCUGUAUACCGUUUGUGCUUUGGCUUGGCUAUGUUCUACCUUCUCCUCUCUCUAUUAAUGAUCAAAGUGAAGAGCAGCAGUGAUCCCAGAGCUGCAGUGCACAAUGGAUUCUGGUUCUUUAAAUUUGCUGUAGCAAUAGCAAUUAUUAUUGGGGCUUUCUUCAUUCCAGAAGGAACUUUUACAACUGUGUGGUUUUAUGUAGGCAUGGCAGGUGCCUUCUGCUUCAUCCUCAUUCAACUUGUCUUACUUAUUGAUUUUGCCCAUUCGUGGAAUGAAUCAUGGGUUGAAAAAAUGGAAGAAGGAAACUCAAGAUGUUGGUAUGCAGCUUUGUUAUCAGCUACAGCUCUGAAUUAUCUGCUGUCUUUAGUUGCUAUCGUCCUGUUCUUUGUUUACUAUACUCAUCCAGCCAGUUGUUCAGAAAAUAAAACAUUCAUCAGUGUCAACAUGCUCCUCUGCCUUGGUGCUUCUGUAAUGUCUAUACUGCCAAAAAUCCAAGAAUCACAACCGAGAUCUGGUUUGUUACAGUCUUCAGUAAUUACAGUCUACACAAUGUAUUUGACGUGGUCUGCUAUGACCAAUGAACCAGAAACCAAUUGCAACCCAAGUCUACUAAGCAUAAUAGGAUACAAUACAACAAGGACUCUGCCAAAGGAUGGGCAGUCUGUCCAGUGGUGGCAUGCUCAAGGAAUUAUAGGACUAAUCCUCUUUUUAUUGUGUGUGUUUUAUUCAAGCAUUCGUACUUCAAACAAUAGUCAGGUUAAUAAACUAACUCUAACAAGUGAUGAAUCAACAUUGAUAGAAGAUGGUGGAGCCAGAAGUGACGGAUCACUUGAGGAUGGAGAUGAUGUUCACCGAGCUGUAGAUAACGAAAGGGAUGGUGUCACUUACAGUUACUCCUUCUUCCACUUCAUGCUUUUCCUGGCUUCCCUUUAUAUCAUGAUGACCCUUACCAACUGGUACAGGUAUGAGCCUUCUCGUGAGAUGAAAAGUCAGUGGACAGCUGUCUGGGUGAAAAUCUCUUCCAGUUGGAUCGGCAUCGUGCUAUAUGUUUGGACACUGGUGGCGCCACUUGUUCUUACAAAUCGUGAUUUUGACUGAACAGGACUUCUGGCAUGAAAGUCCAAAUUUGACCAUUACAUAUUUAAAAUUGACAGUAUUUCCAACUUUUGUAAAGUUGUGUAUGUGUGUGCUUCCCAUGAAACUUCUCCAGUGUUUUGGCAUGAAUUAGAUUUUACUGCUUACCAUGUUAUUCAUUAUAUUCUUGCCAAGCGCAUUGAUAGAUGUGUUAGAAUGAAUCACAAACAUUUUAUGAGUAUGGCAGUGAGUUAGGAAAUGUGGACAUUUUUAGGUUUAUCCUCUGUUCUGUACCUGUGAAAAUAAUAGUAAAAAUAAAACUACUUGACUAUUUGCUUUUUAAAUUGUGUUAGAACUUAAGCUGUCUUGGAAAGUAUAAAAGGAAGUGUAUGGCUGCCUUUUGAAAUACUUGAUGCCUUGCCCUACGGGAGAUUGCAAAGAAUAUAGCUAUUUAAGGUUAUAUAAACAAGUCACUUAAAUAUCAAUUGUCUGAAAAGUCUUUCCGGGUUUUUCUCUUGAUAUAAGGAUAGGAAGAAACUUACACAGGUAGGAAGUGUUCAGUGGACAACAGUAUAGGUUAUGAUG